AUGCCACUAGCUUCCAAAGGACUCACGUUCGGUGCCGAAAUUCAAAGAGACCCCAAACCGGAAGAUUAUAUCAACGCCUCGUUCAUUUACCACAUCCCUCCGGUCAACACGUGGCGUGCGGAAUUGGAUUUUGACAAAAUUGAUUAUAUCGCCACUCAGGGUCCCAUGAAAUCGACUUGUGGAGACUUUUGGCGCAUGAUUGUUGAACAGAAAGCCACUGGAAUAGUGAUGCUAACCAAUCUCCGGGAUGGCAAACAAGUUUUAUGCCAUCAGUACUGGCCGGAAGAACUAAACCGGACGGAGGAAUAUACAUCCGGCCCGGUGCAAAUCAAAGUGAAAUUGGAGAAGGAAAUCAAACAUCCGGAGGUGACGGAACGAGCAUUUCAAGUUACGAGUUCGAUAGAACCAAAUAAAUGUUUCACCGUUUGGCAUCUGCACAUGACUUCCUGGCCCGAUAUGGGAGUACCGGAUAUGAUUCAGCUAGAAGGCCUAAUGGACAAGCAUCAGGUUUUACGACGAAGUAACGAAUUGGAAGGUCCCACGGUUGUACAUUGUCGCGCCGGACUCGGUCGUACGGGGACGUUCAUCGUGUCCGAAUUGUUGAGGAAACAUGUGCACGAAGGUGCUUAUGUGGAUAUCGCCGGAAUUAUUCUGCAACUGCGUCGAUGUCGACCUUUUAUGGUGGAGAAUGUGAAACAAUACAUAUUCUUGCAUGAAUAUGCAAAUGCACUGAUUUCGGAUCCUGCUCGUGGUGUUUCCGAGUGA